CGUGCGCCGCGGCGCCGCUUGCAGACUGGACUCGCUCUUUCCCGGCUGGGUAGCGAGACUUCGCUUCUCCGCUCUCCUCAGCGGCCUCGUCGGCAGGCGCCCUCCGGCCCCUGCCGGGAGUCGCCCGGCUCCCGGCCGGUCCCCUUGUGGUCCAUGGCGUGGCGGCGGCGGCCCGAGGCCCGGGGCGCGCUGGCGCUGCUGGCGCUGGCCCUGUGCGCUCCUGGGGCCCGGGGCCGGGCUCACGAGUGGUUCUCGGCUGUGGUGAGCACCGAGUACGUGGACCCGCAGACCAACCGGAGCGUGAGGAGCGUCUCGGAGAGCGGCCGCUUCGGCGACAGCUCGCCCAAGGAGGGCGCGCGGGGCCUGGUGGGCGUCCCGCGCGCGGAGGACCGCGACCCCGAGGGCUGCGAGGCCAGCACUCGCUUCCUCGUGCCCGGCGGCCGGGGCGCCGCGCCCUGGGUCGCGCUGGUGGCGCGCGGGGGCUGCACCUUCAAGGAGAAGGUGUUGGCGGCGGCGCGGAGGAACGCCUCGGCGGUGGUCCUGUACAACGAGCAGCGCCAAGGCAACCUCACCGCGCCCAUGUCCCACGCGGGAACAGGAAACAUAGUGGUCAUUAUGGUUAGCUACCCAAAAGGAAGAGAAAUUGUGGAACUUGUGCAGAAGGACAUUCCGGUCACCGUUACCAUCGGGGUGGGCACCCGGCACGUCCAGGAGUACAUCAGCGGUCAGUCCGUGGUCUUUGUAGCCAUUGCCUUCAUCACCAUGAUGAUUAUCUCAUUGGCCUGGCUAAUAUUUUACUACAUACAGCGCUUCCUAUACACCGGCUCACAGUUCGGAAGUCAGAGCCAUAGAAAAGAAACAAAGAAAGUUAUUGGGCAGCUUCCUCUUCAUACUGUAAAGCAUGGAGAAAAGGGGAUUGAUGUCGAUGCUGAAAGUUGUGCAGUGUGUAUUGAAAAUUUUAAAGGAAGGGACGUUAUCAGAAUUCUGCCAUGCAAGCAUAUUUUUCAUAGAAUAUGCAUUGACCCAUGGCUUUUGGAUCACCGCACGUGUCCAAUGUGUAAACUUGAUGUCAUCAAAGCCCUGGGAUAUUGGGGUGAGCUUGAGGACGCACAGGAGGCGACUGCCCCAGAAUCCCCCGCUGGGGGCGUCUCGGCUGCAGAUCUGAGUCUCGUGGUAGCAGACGGCGAGAGAAGUGCCGCCGGCAGCUCCGAGCUGCCCUCCACCAGUGACCCUGUGCCACCCUGUGACGCCAGCUUUAAAGAGGAUGCAGGUGAAAACACAGCCUUGCUGGAGACAGGCAGGAGCGACGCUCAGCGUGACGGACCCACCUGCUAGCGCGCGACCUGUGGACCGUGUCACGGACAGAGCCUAGGCUCGAAUUAAAGGACACUUUAUUUUUUUUACUUUACUGCAUAGUUUGUAUAUGUGAAAAUAAUGUACAUUCUUUUACCUUUCAGGUUCUAAUUUGGUAUACAAAGAACUAUUUUAUUCUUUCAAGAGACUUUUUGAUUAGUCUUGAUAUAUUUAUCUAUUGAAAUGUAUCAAAAGAUGAUUCUGUCUUCUCAAGGAUGGUUCUAGCCUAAGCACGUUGACUUUACACUAGUUGAAAUGGAGUUGCGUGAUUGCGUGAUUAUAUUCAGUAGUUGGUCAUGUGUAUUUCCCUGGAGGAAAGCCUUUCUUAGAACAUUAAACUUGUCAAUGUGGUGAGAAAUCUGUUGCUUUCUUGCACCUCUGUAUUUUAGAGCGGUUUCCAAACCUGAGAGCACUUCCAUUGUUGUUUUUAAAUUUGGAAUUAUGAGAAAAGUACUGGCGGACUUGAGUGAUUUCAUCUCUCCCUUUUAUUACCUAAUUUCUUCCAGUAAGCUUGAUGGGGAGGGAAGUUUUGUCCCUUUUUUCCUACAAAUAAAAAAAGCUAAGAUUCUGUAUCUCACACGAGCAUUGCUUGUUAAGGAAAUGGAGUAAACAGACUCUGAUGUGGAUUUUUUUUUUUUUUAGGUAAAUGAUGAAUUUACUGAUUUCAACUAGAGUUUAAUCUUUACAAUUAAAAGGGUGAUAGAUGCAGACUUUCAGUUGCUGUUAAACAAGUAACCAGUUUUCUCGAUUAAUUUCAAAGUGAGCUUAAUGACAGUGAACUUGUUUCAUCAUCUCUCCCUUUCACUCUUGUUUGCUGCUCUUCCUUGAAGGCAGGGGGAUUAGGCUGCUCUGAAGCUUUGGGGGCCACUCUCUAAGUUGAAAAAGUGAUUAAACACACACACAGUGGUGAAGACUCUGCACUUCCCCUGCAGGGGCUGCACGCAGGUUCGAUCCCUGAUUGGGGAAGUUCUGCAUGCCACAGGGGUGGCCAAAAAAACAACAACAAAAACACACACACAUUGUGCUCUGCUGUUACUUCUUAGAGGUGGAAGGUCCAGAGUGAGGAAGUUAGUUUUUUACAGCUUGACGUUGUAGUCCUUUGUAGCUUCCAAGCUGUUUACUGUGUACAUCUUUAUUUCAUGGUAAAAAUAAAUGUUUACUAGAGUACAUAAUUUUUAAAGUGUAAACAAUUCAUUCUUAUACCUGUAUCUAUAUAGUUUUUUUUUUUUUUUUUUCAAGUUACUUAGUACACUCUAUUCCAGCCACUCAGUGAAACUCUAGGUGAUUCAACAGUGUUACUGAUAUCACCGAGGCCAGACUCCAAGGGAAGAGCUAUGGGAAUAGAAAUUGCCUUAUUCUUGAGUGCUAAUUUCAGCAGACACUGCAGUGGGUUUCCAUAAUGGCCAUUAUCUUUGAAAUUUGCCUUUUGUGUCAUUCAUUGCAGAUAGGAAAAUAUGUCCCUGAUUCUAUACCAAGUAGGUUGCUCUUUGUAUUUUAAGACACAUACUAGUGGAAAGUGCUUUAAUUCUUCCCAUUAGCCAAUGAAGCUGACUUUAAAGCAUGCUUUGACAGAUCAAGGUGAAUUGUUUUUGAUGAUUAUGAGCGAGUGAGUUCUUAUCAGCGGCUGUCAACCAGAGCUUUACCUAAUUCAGGAGGUUGAGGGACUCCUCUGGGGUUCACUGUUUGGCACUCUGUGCUUCCACUGCAGGGGGCACGAGUUCCAUCCCUUGUCAGGGGACUAAGAUCCCCUGUGCUGUGAGGCACAGUCAAAAAAAAAAAGAGACUUUGACCCUAAGUUAUAAACAUAAGAGACUGGAAAAAUUAUAGUACUGUCAUCUCUAGAAACACAAGUCUUUAACAGCAAAUAAAGAAAUCUGCAAGAGCAGACAGAAAACCCUUUUGUACUUGGUAAGGAAAAUGUUUCCUUUCAAAAGGAUUUUCUUAGGUGGACGUGAUGAAGGGUCAGUUGCUAGAAUUUUUGCUGAAACACAACAUUGAUAAAAUGCUGGGAAUCUGGGGAAUAUAAAUGAAGAACGGUUAGUAAAGCAGAGAGAUUUAGUUCAGAUUGUACUCCUUAAUGGCAAUAAUCACUUUCCUUCUGACAGCUGUCUUGAAAGCUUUGUUCACAAAUAACGUAGAGACAGUGUUCUUUCUUUUUAACUGUGAGGGCCUCGGUGGUGUGUGGAGGACAGCAUGUGCCCAUGGAUGCCAGCGCCCCUGCCUUGCAGCUUCAGGGCUUCCCCUCAGAAAGCCAUGCCGCCUGGAGGGAUGUGCACACAGCACCUGCAGCAGGUGAUUUGAAGAUAUUAAAGCUAGAAAUUGGAACUGAAAGUCCAGAGAAUUCAAGACGUGGUUUUUAAAAAACAUGAACUCAUCUAAUUAAACUUAAAAGUUGAUGCAGUUAUCAAAUCCCAGGACUAUAGUUCCUUUUAUUUCAGCCUUAUCAGAAGCCUGUGACUUACAUCUUAAGCAAAAACAAGCCUGUUGCUCUUCAAUGUUGAUGGCCUCAUCUCCCGAGUGCAGUGACUUUGGGAUGACCUUUCCCUGUGGAUAGCCAUCAGCAAGAUACCUACAGGACGCAUUCUUCCAGGUUCUUACCAAAAAUUCAUCUAAAGGGAAAAGUCACCCAGGGAGGCAAGACUCUUUAAGUGGAGGGAGUGAUGUUUAUGUGCAUUAAACCAAGCAAUCACUGGGGUCUGGACAGUUUUAAAAAGGAAAGCACAGCACAGCUGAACAACGAACGGGAGGUCCCAAAGAGGCAUCACUUGGACAUCUUGGUCUCGGCAGGUGUCUCCCCAGUGUCCAGGGUCUUCAGCAACCGGAAGAGGCCCGCGGCCUCACGGAUCCUGCUGAACUCGAUGCAGAAGGCCUGCACUUCUAUAAACAAGUCCUGCACGUUGAUGAUCUUGUUACGGAUCAGGGAUUGGAGAAAGACACACACAAGACGCACCAGACGAUUCUGAAAAAGGAACCUGUGUUAGCGUCUGUUUUCAGGGCAGGUAUUUAUAAAGGUUACAAAAAUUGUUACUUACCUGCAUGUAUUUAUCCUUAAUUUGUUCACAGGUAGAAAUGCAAUUGGAUAUAUAAAGGUGAAUAAAUUCAGGAGGUAGAUCAA